GCGCGCGACAUGUCCCUCAUAAAUUAACACUGCGUGUUCACAUCUCACGUUGGUAAUCUGUGGGUGAUCAUCCCUUGGACUACAAUAGAGCGACAAAUUUGCAAGAUGGCAUGUCCAUUCUCUAGCAGACGCUUCAAACUAACUCACAGAGAUGAUAGCAGCAGGGAAGGAGACCAUCGCAGGAUUGUGAGAAUCAGACAGGAUGAACGGGACAUUGAUGUCCUGCGACAAUCAUCGGUUCAAAUAACAUCGUCGCUUUUAGGAGAAGAUGGUGACGACCUUGAAAACACACAGACACUUAAUCUGAAGCACCUAAGAGCCGCGGUGACCCUCUUGACUAACCCUUCGAACGAAGUGGUGGCUAUGGCGCUAGAAGCUCUAUUAAAUAAACAUGAAGUACCUCUUCCAACGUCGACAACAUCGUCUUUAGAAAAACUUUUAAGUAAUGUUGAAGAGGAGGAAAACUAUAAUUUACUGGAAGACAUUUACGAGACACUAAAUUAUGAUUGUGACGUCGACGUGAACGCGUUUUUCGAUCAUCUCGGACAGGAGCUGAUCGCAUGGGCUUGCGUGGGUCUCUUAGAGCGAGCCUUUCGUUGCCUUGGGAACGAUCUGACCGCUUUCUUAACCACACUGGACGGCGUAAACGAUGUUGUCCAGCAUCAGUCGGGAUCGGAUACCGAGGCGGAGUUUGUGUGUAUCGCCACACCGGAAGCGUUGGAGCUACACUUCACCACCGAUCAUCCUUCCAUCGCCUAUCUCCUGGUGGGCAGUUUGAAGGGCAUAGCCAGGCAGUUUUAUAGCGACAAAGCCGACGUGUAUAUACUGCCGGAUCCUUACAACACAAAAUUUUUUAGAUAUCGGAUUACUCCAGAGCGUUACAGCGAACAGCUGGGCGUAGACGACGACUGCGACGUAGUGUCAUCCACUUUCCGUCCACUCUCCACCGCAGCAACGGACCUUCGUAUGGGGGUAGCGAGCUUUUGCAAAGCGUUCCCAUGGCACUUCGUCGUCGAUCGUCAGUUGGAGCUCGUGCAACUUGGAGUCGGCUUCAUGAAGAUUUUUGGACACCAUUUGAACUGGCUCGGCAGGGGGAUAUCGACGUAUUUCGUCUUCACACGACCCCACGGCGUCACUCUGACCUUUCACGAGAUCCUAAAACGCGCGAAUACACCGUUUAUCUUGACCCUCCAGAGACCGCACGACGUCGAUAAAUAUCCCGCGGAGGGUUUGGAAAUGAAGGGUCAAAUGGUACACUGUCCGGAAUCAGACUCAAUUUUAUUCGUAAGUUCACCGUUUUUAAACGGUUUGGAGGGCUUAACGGGUCGAGGACUCUUCAUUUCUGAUAUCCCUCUUCACGACGCUACAAGGGACGUUAUACUUGUUGGCGAACAAGCUAGGGCACAGGAUGGCUUAAGGAGACGUAUGGAUAAAUUGAAAAGUUCUAUAGAAGAAGCUAACCUGGCAGUCGAUGCGGAAAGAGAAAAGAAUGUCAGUCUCCUACAUCUUAUAUUUCCUCCAGAUAUUGCGAAACGUCUGUGGCUAGGAGAGACAAUCGAGGCGAAAACGUAUCCAGACGUCACGAUGCUGUUUAGCGACAUAGUCGGAUUUACGUCCAUUUGUGCUACAACAACGCCGAUGAUGGUCAUCAACAUGCUUCAAAAUUUAUACGAGCAAUUUGAUCUUUACUGUGGUCAGUUGGAUGUGUAUAAGGUAGAGACAAUCGGCGAUGCCUACUGCGUUGCAUGUGGCCUUCAUCGAAAUACCAAUACACAUGCACAACAAAUUGCUUGGAUGGGCCUAAAGAUGAUACAAACGUGCUCUCAUCACCUGACUCACGAAGGCAAGCCAAUAAAGAUGCGCAUCGGCAUUCACACCGGGAUGGUGUUGGCAGGAGUCGUUGGUAAGAAAAUGCCAAGAUACUGUCUUUUUGGACAUAACGUCACGUUGGCGAAUAAAUUUGAAUCCACAAGCGAACCACUUCGUGUCAACGUCAGUCCAACUACGUACCUGUGCUUAAUACAAAAAUCGGGAUUCAUAUUGGAACCGCGGACCAAGGACAAUCUACCCAAGGGAAUGCCAGCCAGUGUAUCGGGCACAUGUUACUUCCUGAAUGGGUAUCAGCAUAGCAGUGUCAAUGCGAGCGAAUCUCUCGACGUGCAUAUUCAGGCUGCAAUUACGGAACUCGGAAUCAGUAGCAAUAUGUAGAUACCUUCCGAUAUGAGAACGUUUGAUCAGUGUGUUACUUUAACGAUAUUACCGUUGAUAAUAGCGAUGGCACACCCGACAUUAUCAAAUCGAUCGAUGUAUAUGAGCUCUCAAA